AUGAGGAUGAGAUCAAACAAGUCAAGUACUUUUGUUGAAGCUAUACUUUUGCCUUACAUUUUAUUGCUUGCUGGGAAGAGUGGAAUUUCACAUCCAUGCAAUGUUUCAAGGGAUAAGACAAAGGAACUUUCAAAAUAUUGUAUCAGUGGUAAUAAUGAGGAGCAAGAACUUUCGAAAUAUUGUGUCAGCGGGAAUAAUGAGGAGCAGGUUUCCAAUAAGAGACAGAAACUUAUUAAGGAAUCAGUAAGUUCAUUGAAGGAUGAGUUUCGCACUUCCAUCUAUGAGCUGAAUGCUUGUUCUAACAGGGAGUCGAAAGAGAAGAAAAUAUGUGUCGGUUUGAAUUCUUCUCAUGAUUUAUCUUGUCUGGUUACUUUUAGGAGCCUUCAAAAUGAGAAUGUGAUUUGUCCAGCUGUCUUGCGCUCUACAUCAUCUACAAAAGAAAUGAGUUUUAAUUCUAAACCCACUGCAAGGAAAAUUUUCCUGGAGUUCUCAUCUGAUAGAUUCUUUAAGUAUCAGUCGUUGCAUAUUGGUGGUUAUUACAUCAUAGAACAUGAUAGAAAAGAUUGCUUCUGCACUACAAAAGAUGAUGGCUAUGGCAGCAGUGGUACUGCUAAAUUUCUCGUUGAUUCUGGAAAACAUAUCUGGAGCCUUUCAUUUAUUUCUGAUGAGGUUCUUUUCGAUUAUAAAUCAGAAUAUACAACUGCAAAAGAUUCUUUAUCUCCUACCAUUGACGGGGUUUUGCCUAAAAUUCAAAUUGAACAACUUCUGCUGAGGUCCAAUGAUGAUUAUUCAGGUGUCUGUUCAAAUGUUUGUCUUUAUCUGCCUAUCAGUCAUACAGGUUUCCUGGAUGAUAAGAUUAUAGAACCAGAAGAUAGUCAAAGUCUGCAACUUGCAAUAUCAGAAAAGAGUUCUAACAUUUCUUUGAGCACUGGGACUGCAGUGGCUACGGCUACUUUCUGUUCUGGGUCUCUGAGUUCAAACUGCUUGUUUCCUGAGGGCAAGUUGAUUUCUCUCGAGGGUAAUGUGGUUGAAAUUCAUGACAUUGGCUUUAACUUCUGCAACUCGCGCUCAAGUGGUGCAAGCCUUGACGCUCUUCAAUUGAAAGACCUUGUUGGAACUAGGAGGAGUUUCUGCAUUCAUGUUUUAGUGCAUCAUCAUAUUGUGAAUAUUUUUGGUUCUAUAAGUAAAUAUGCUUUUCCUACUGGUUUGGGACCCGGUGUAACUGCAACAUUUCAUCGAAUUCUUGAUGCAAGGGCCCAAAAUAAAUUUAUGCUGCUGCCUGUGUCAUUUAUUGUAAUAAAAUCGAUGAAAGUAUAUGAUAAACAAUGUAGUGACAGGUCCUCCAAUUUAAGACCUACUAAAGAUGCAUACAAUGCAUCUCAAGAUUAUUUCUCUUAUUUGAUUUCUCAAUUGCCUCAGUGCCAGAGUCAUACUCAAAUAGUGCUUCGAUGCAGGGUUGUUGCAGUCAUUAUUUUAGUUCUGGAGAGGAAGAACACAUAUUCAAAUUCAGAAACAAAAAAUAAUACUCUCGGGACUCUUCUGGACAUUCCACUUGCUGGUUUUUUGUUGGAUGAUGGGUCAUCAUCAUGUUGUUGCUGGGCUAAUGCUGAAAGGGCAGCAACUUUGUUGGGACUACAUGAAGAACUCACCACAUCUUAUCAUCUAGAGAGAAUUUUGAAGAAUUACAAGAGAAUUACAGUGAAAAACCAUGGAUUAUCAAUUUAUUCUCCUUACCAAGAUCUUGUUGUUUCUGUUACUCCCGACAAUGCACUUUGCAUUUCCGAUGAAAAUCUCCUCAAGUUCAUAAUCUUCAAUGCAUGUGUCGGCAGAAUAUGGAAUGUAGUUGCUAGUGUGAUGGAUGCAGAGGAAGUUAGACAGUUGGAGAAAGAAUACCUUACAGAAAUGGUGAAUAUGCAAUCCGUGCAGAAUAUAUGGGCCAAAGAAGUGUCCUGGCCUCGCACUUUGGCGGAGGCAAGGAAUAUGCUUCAGGAGCUUUUGAAAAGUUAG